CUUUAUUUUUUCCAGUUUUUAUUUCAGAAUCUGCAGUUGAGAUCCGGUGGGUCAGAUCGUACACAUCCCGAUAAUGACAUUUUCACCGAUAUUUUAUCUUCAAACCAAGGCAGCUCCCGCUUUAUGUUACAAGGAGACGUUGCUGUGAGAAGGAACAGGAAUGCCGUGAUCUGUAGAGGAAAGUCUUGUCUCUGGUCAAAAUCAGCCGAAGGUUGGGUCCGCGUGCCGUACACCCUAUCUAACAACUACACCUCGGAGGAGAAGACGCUUAUCCAAGCUGCCAUGGAGGAGGUGGCGGUUCUAACUUGUGUACGCUUCAUCCCACGUCAUGGAGAGCCCAGUUAUUUGAGGAUCCGACCCUAUGAUGGGUGCUGGUCCUAUGUUGGGCGCGUCGGGGGUGCACAGGACCUGUCCCUCAUGAAGUCAGGGUGUCUGCACUGGGGUAUAAUACAGCAUGAACUGCUUCAUUCUCUGGGCUUCCAACAUGAGCAGUGCCGCAGCGACCGAGACAAGUACAUCCGCAUUAACUGGGGAAACAUCAGCCAAGAUAAAGAACGCAAUUUCUACAAGAUGAGUACCCAAAACCUAGGCGUGCCUUAUGAUUACCUGUCUGUUUUACACUAUGGCAAGUUUGCUUUUGCAAGUGAUGCUGGAAAACCGACUCUUGAACCCACCGGCAACCCCCGUGCUUUGAUCGGGCAGCGCGUUGGAUUAAGUUCUUUGGAUGUCGCCAAGAUUAACAAGCUCUACGAAUGCAAUAUCUGUAGUUACCUGCUGCCUGAUGCACAUGGGGCAUUUUCAUGGGAGUCCAAGAAGAACCCUAACAUUACGUCAUGUGUGUGGCUGAUCCGGGUCCCAGAGGACAAAGUUUUCCUGCAGUUUGAGUCGUUCAGCGUUAGUUCCCUUCCAGAUUGUUCUCAGGCCUCUGUUACUGUGUACGAUGGAAUCAGCAGAGAGUCGCCCAUUCUUAUCGACAAAAUCUGCGGAAACAUUGCUCCACUUGCACAGAUUUCCUCUGGAAAAUUUGUCAGAGUAGCAUUCACCAGCUCACGGAUCGGAAGCAGCUUUAAGGCGACAUACAGUUCACUGAAAUGUGGUGGAUCCUUAAUCAGUACAACAGGAAACUUUUCGACUCUUUUUCCCUCCAAAUACCCUAACUUGAACUGCGUGUGGGUCUUAUCUGCACCUGCUGGGUACAAGGAUGAAGUCAGCAAGUUAGAUGUUGAGAUUUCAGAAGUCGUUCAGCGCUGCACUCCAGUCAGAUAUCACUACACAUCCUCCUCGCUGCCAUCAAACCUGCCAAUCAAUGUCACCAAGACCAUCCGUCAAGACGAGUGGCAUGCUCUGCAUCUGCGGCGGAUGACAGCUGGCUUCAUAGGGAUGGCGGUCUCCAUCAUCCUGUUCGGAUGGCUCGUCGGCGUGUUGGGUUGCUGCAAGGAGCAUGACCUGAUGCAGUAUGUGGCGGGGCUGCUGUUUCUCAUGGGAGGAACAUGCUGUAUCAUCUCCCUCUGCACCUGUGUAGCCGGCAUCAAUUUUGACCUGUCUCGGUAUCCACGCUCUGUGUACGGUUUACCAGAAGACAUCAGCCAUGGGUAUGGCUGGUCAAUGUUCUGUGCCUGGGGCGGGCUGGGACUCACCCUUCUCUCCGGAUUCCUCUGCACUUUGGCUCCAUCACUCAGUGCUUCCCAGUCUGCCGUUCAAAAACCGCGGCAAGAGAACGGGGCAGUGUGACCUGUGGACUGGAGCAGAUAGGAACAACCUCUUCGAAGAGAGAAAAAAUAAAAAAAUAAAAAAGAACAUGCCACCAGACUGAGGCGCUCGUAUCCUGCUAAGGAAGUUGUUCUGUUCAACUUGUGUGUCCGACCGUGUUGAUUGCUUGUGAAAAUUACAGAAGUUCGAACUUCGUGUUAACUAAAGGGUAUUAUGGGAAACGGAGUGGAUGGGGACAGGUUACAUGGCCAGAAGGGAAUAAUGGGCUCUCUCUACUGGGAAACACCACGGAUGAAGUUCAACCAUUGGAAACGUCUAAUCUGGAAUAGACAUUAUUGGCAGGAGACGUGGAAUCCAAGAAUCCAAUCCCAGCCUUCUGGAGAAGACAUUUUCCUUUGUACAGAGACAUUCAUCAGUUUGGUGCAGCUAAAUGACCAUUGCCUAUGGGUUCAGUGUUUGAGAAUUUUGUAUACACACCUAUAUAGAAAUAUAACGACAGGUAGCAGAUUUUUACAUGUUUUAAUACAGUCCACAAAACCGCCUUACACGUCCGCAAUUGGCUCUGCAAACAAAAAAUUCAAAUUUUUCCGCUUGCGUCCUGAGUUUAGUGCCUUGGCACAUAACCACCCGCCCUGGGACAGGGAUACAUUAGAAAACAUACAGACCUCCUGCCGUGCCUUUCGAGUAGGUCUCUUGAGCCUACAGCAAACUCAGGCUCCAUCCGAGAAGCUUUUGGGAAUAAGGUGAAAGAAAUAUUAGGAAACCAUUACAAGAACAAAGCGCUCUGACGAUCACGUCACCCGAUCAGAGGCUCCAGCGGAUGAGAUGGACGGCUAGCCUGGUGUGUGUUGGGAGUCAGGUUAAGGUGGGAGGAGGGAA